CAAUCUUAACCUCUUCCAUUUUCCCAGGCUUAUUUUCCCUGGCACGACUCUGCAGUUUGCACCGGUUUGUUGCGCGAGGCGCGCGCGCGCAACAUGCUGCCUCCGGGCAGCGCGCAUGACCCCAACAAUGACGAAAAUAUUCUAGCCAGGCCUUUGGUAAAUGGAGAUUUGCUUCCACAGGGAGGGCCUGAGAACGAUUCCAGCGUAACUCAGUCCUCUCAGGGCGACGCCCAGAGACCCAGCCCCGUGGACGUGUCCAGUGUUAUAACACAGGUCACAUCAGUCACCAGUCAUCGUCCAGUAACUUCACCGUUCAGGGUUUCCUCCAGUCCCCCACCAGCGAAGUCUUGGGGCAAGCGGUUUCGCUCGUUACUAUGCUGCUUUGCGCCACAGAGCCAAGGCUAUUAUCGGCCACAGGAAGGGGACUUUACUGGCGGCAGAUUUGUACCGCCGCAGCCGCCCAAGGUGCACCGGGAGGUGCUUAUAGGGCCGAAACGGGCGGACGACAUAGACAGAAAGACUCUGGUGCUCGACCUUGAUGAGACCCUGGUCCAUUCAUCAUUCAAGCCCAUCCCGAACCCUGAUUACAUCCUACCCGUGGAGGUGGAUGGCAAGCUCGUGGACGUGUAUGUCUUAAAGCGGCCAUGGUGCGAUCAUUUCAUGGAGAACGUGUGCGCACGGUUCGAGGUGGUGGUCUUCACCGCUAGCCUUGCCAAGUACGCGGAUCCGCUUCUUGAUCUGCUCGACAAGCAGCGGCUGGUUCGAUGGCGGUUGUUCCGGGAAUCCUGCUUCCCCUACGAAGGGAACUACGUGAAAGACCUCAGUUGCCUGGGCCGGGACCUCUCGCAAACCAUCAUUGUGGACAACUCGCCGCACUCCUACGUCUUCCAGCCAGCAAACGCAGUCCCGAUCAGCACCUUUAUCGAUAACAUGGAUGACCAGGAGCUUUUAGAGUUGCUGCCAGUGCUGAAGGAGCUGGAGAACGCGCCGGACGUGCGAGUCGUGCUCGGAGCUAAUUUGGGCUUGCGGGAGAUGGGCAGCUGA